AUGCUUGACGAAGACCCUUCGGAACGCAGGCGAAAGUGCGACCGUGAUGAGUGCGAGCAGAUGGCGACACACGGGUUCAUCCUCCCCCGUCUUUGUGGGCAGCACUCGGAGGCACGGAUGCUGCGUAUCGUACCCGCCGACGUCGAGUCCGGAGACGAGUGGGGUUCCGACGCGGAAGCGGACGCCCGCGACUACGGGCGAUUCCGCCGCAUCGCCGGGGCUGACCCGGAAACGAUCCAGAAUGCCCUCAAGCUGUACCCCCCGCGCAACCCGGAGACACGCGCCCGCAUCUACGACGGCCUCGGCUUGGAACUCCCUGGCGAUGUCAGCCGGGGCCGAAGCAGCAGCACCGGCGGCGGCGGCGGCGGCGACAACGGUGGUGGUAACGGCCGAAUUGCAGGAGCGGCGGGGAGUUCGAUAUCCUCUGGAGGCGUUGGCGGAAUUCGGGGCGGUGGGUCCGGCAGCGGCGGCGGCGGCGGCGGUGUCAAUCGCGGCGGUAGGGGGAGCGGCGGCGGCGGCGGCGGAAAGGACGGGGUCGACGGCGACGGGGUCAGGGCGGGGGCGGGAGCGGCGGCGAAGGGCGGCGGCGGGGGCGGCAGCACCGCAGUGCCCCCGCGCCUGCCGACGUACAGCACGACCGGCACCCAGCCGCCGCGGUUCGGGAAGCAGGACAAGGCGUUGCUCGCGACUCACGGCGCGAAGCAACCCAAGGGCAAGCACCCCGGGUACAUCAUCACGCUCUACGGGAAGAAGGUGCGCGGCGUGGUUGGUUGGUUUUCCCAAGGCUAG